AUGGUCGCGAGGUUUGUGCCCAUCGUCCACAUCGUGGCGGCCGUGUUCGCCAUCAUCGAACUGGGCCUGACAGCCUAUGUCUCGAGUGGCUAUAGCAGCGUCUUCGGUUUCGGCGGGUACUCUCCGUCAAGGGUCAACUUCAUGAUAUUCAACUCCGUCUGGUCCUUGCUCGUCCUGGCCUACGUCGGCCUCACCCCACUCUACCUGACCAGUAUCUUCCACAAGUUGGCCGCCCUGGCUCUGAACAUCCUGACCACCAUCUUCUGGUUCGCCGGAUCUAUCGCCUUGGCCGUCUGGAUCGGUGGUCCUCGCCACUGCUAUGGCAAUUCCUACUGCGGCUCGACCGAGGCCGCUGUCGUCUUUGGCUUCUUCCUCUGGCUCCUCUUCAUGUUCUUGACCGUUCUCGAUGCCAUCGAGGCUAUGCGCAGCCGCGGACACGGCGCCACCCCCAAGAACACGAACGCCUACGCUGGUGCGUAG